AGUAUUGUGUGCCGGUAGGAAAGGUCAUUAAAAUGGCGGCGCCCAGGUGGCCAGUGAAAGGCGUGGCGUCACGUUGAUCUUGGACUCGCACUCUCUCGGGUGUGACUGAGGCGUCUCGGGCUGAAGCGAUGGCCUUUCCCGCGGACCAGCCGGGCUUCGGCGCGUCCCUCCUGGCUGGAGGGGUAGCAGGUGUCUCUGUUGACUUGAUAUUAUUUCCUUUGGAUACCAUAAAAACUAGACUCCAGAGUCCCCAAGGAUUUACUAAGGCUGGUGGUUUCCGUGGAAUCUACGCUGGUGUUCCUUCUGCGGCUAUUGGAUCCUUUCCUAAUGCUGCUGCGUUUUUUAUCACCUACGAGUAUACCAAAUUUUUAUUGAGAACCGAUUCCUCAUCAUACUUGGUCCCAGUUACUCAUAUGUUGGCUGCCUCUGCUGGAGAAGUAGUGGCCUGUUUGAUCCGUGUUCCUUCAGAAGUCGUGAAACAGAGGGCCCAGGUCUCUGCUGCUUCUGGGACAUUUCACAUUUUUUCCAACAUCUUGUAUCAAGAGGGCAUCCAGGGAUUAUAUCGCGGUUAUAAAAGCACUGUUUUAAGAGAGAUUCCUUUUUCUCUCGUGCAGUUUCCACUGUGGGAGGCCUUAAAAGCUCUCUGGUCACGGAAGCAGGACCAUGUGGUCGACUCUUGGCAGUCAGCAGUUUGUGGAGCUUUUGCAGGUGGAUUUGCAGCAGCCGUCACCACACCCCUUGAUGUGGCAAAGACAAGGAUUAUGUUGGCAAAGGUGGGUUCUCAUACUGCCAGUGGAAAUGUUCUGUCUGCCCUGCUCGAGGUCUGGAAGACACAAGGGAUCUCUGGAUUAUUUGCCGGCGUUAUCCCACGAAUGGCAGCAAUCAGCUUGGGGGGUUUCAUCUUUCUUGGCGCUUACGACCAGACACGCAGUUUGCUGUUUUAACUUGGCGAAGCAAGCCCGUGAAUCAUCUCCAAAGGCCGAGCCACCCUUCUUUCCAGAAGACACGUGUCUCCCACAUCCCCUCUGCUCCCCUGCACCUCCCCUCCUUUGUGUGAAGCUGAGGCUGGAGCCUUGCAGCAAAUUUUCUAGGAUCUGGAAAUCCAGUCUUGAUAAAAUUACAUUGAAAUGUCCUGUCCAUGGAGUAGGCUGAACCAAAGCUUUCUGAGGGGAUCCUCAGCCUUAUCCUCCACCCCGCUACUAGUGAACAAAUCAUGACCCGGAAGAUUUUUCACUUCCUGCCACCUGAGUCUCCAGACACAAAGAAAGUCCAUUUGUUUGGGGUUUGAUUCAUUUUGUGAAAGUUUAUAGCUUUGUUUAGACUCACAGGUGCAGAACAGACAUUCUUGCUCGGCAAUCAGGUCCGUGGCUUUAAUUGCCUUCAGUUUUCACUUAUAAACAUGCAGUUGCUCUCUCACCUCCAGGUUGAAUGGCCAGCCAAGCCAGCCAGCCUUUAGGGUGCGGGAUCAGCUCUGACUAUGGGGGGGAGGAAGUCUGCUCAACUGGAGUUCAGAAGUGUCGGGUCGGUCUAGGGGGUCUGCGUCUAACCACCGCCGCAAACCAGUGAAGACGAAAGUGCUAGAAUCAUCCAACUGAACAAAUCUCAUGGUACCAUAGAGCGACGAACACACUCACUUGGGUCAGUCACAGAAAUGAGACCCUCUAAGCGGGAAAGGCCUGUGCCAGGUAUGGAACUUCUCGUUCUGUCUGGCAACUGCGGCUGCAGCUCAGAUCUUAGCCUCUUCUGCGCCAUCACCACUGCAUGGAAAAUCCUGCUUCCUCCACCGAGAGGGAGAAAAGGCCUUCCCACCUGUUCCCACUCUUCUCCCCAAGAAAAGUUCAAAUCAGUCCAGGAAAAUUAAUAUUUAUAAAUGAACCUUUAUUAAAAGACACUUCAAUGCCAUUUGUUAGACACGUCAAUAUUUUACAUGUUUUUCAACGUACAACAUUGUACCAAAUUUUCUAUAAAUAAAUAACUUUGUACACAAAA